AGAGAAAGUGAAAAUUUAAUGGUGCGCGUCGGAGUGUAGGUUUUUAAAACAAGGAGGAGGAGAGACGGUUAUGAUUUAAAAAAUAAAGGAAGUGUUUCAGAGAGAGGAGAGAGAGUAGGAAGGGGGAGAAGGUAAUCGAGCGGGAAAUGUAUAAGAAAAUUGGCGGGAAACUAUUUUGGUCAACUAUUAAAAUCAACCAUUCAAUUCAGUUAUUAUAAUUCUCUCUCAUACAGGCACGCACUAGGGUUUUUGCAAAGAUGUACGCUAGCCAGUUCGAUGGUACUGCCGCCUUCUCAGGCGGUGGUUUCAUGCCUUCUCAGGCUACUCAAACCCUCGAUACCAACUUUUCUUCUGCGAAGAAUCGAGAUAAUCAGGGGUUGUUACCGCUAACAGUGAAGCAGAUAAGUGAGGCUCCUCUUUCAAAUGAUGACAAGUCCAAUAUUGUCAUUGAUGGAGUCGAUGUGAACAACGUGACGAUGAUUGGGAUGGUGUUGAAUAAAGCAGAAAGGGUUACAGAUAUUGCUUUCACCCUUGACGAUGGAACAGGGCGAAUUGAGUGUCACAGAUGGGUGAAUGAAGCUGUAGACAGUAAGGAGAUGGAGGGAAUACAGGAUGGGAUGUAUGUUCAAAUCCAUGGACACUUGAAAAGCUUUCAGGGGAAACGGAAAUUAAAUGCUUUCUCUGUUAGGCCUGUGACUGACUUCAAUGAGAUAACAUGCCACUUCCUUGAGUGUAUAUAUGUUCACUUAUACAACACAAAAGUAAAGGGUGGGGCACUGAUGCAGGCUAAUAUGAUGAGUUCAGUAAUGAACACCCCUUUGCAGAAUGUAUCCAAGGGACAUCAAGCUGCCACGCCGAAUCAAUUUUCUGGUCAAUUUGGCAUUGAUGGACUUAAAGGUAUCGAUCAAAAGGUCCUUGACUAUUUGCAACAACCUUCAAACCUUGGACGGGAGAAGGGUGUUCACAGAGACGAAUUGGCUCAACAGCUAAAGGUUCCUUUGGAGAAGAUCAUGGAAUCCAUUAGAUCUCUUGAAGAAGAAGGCCUGAUUUACUCAACAAUUGAUGAAUGUCACUACAAGUCUACUGGCAAUGGUUAAUGCCUUGCUAAAUUCACCACCCGUCCCCCCACCCCACCCCACCCCCCCCAAAAAAAAGAAAAAGAAAAAAAAGAAGAUAUACUGUGUUCAUAGAAGCCAUAGCUCUGGCUUAACUUUUCACAAUGUAAGUUCUCCCCUUUCACCCCCUGGAAGGAGGUAUAGAGUUAAGAGACCGACAGGAUCAACGUCAAUGUUUAGGUUUUAUGAUCCUUUUUUGAGUUCCUUAUUAGAAUAUGUUUGAAUAUAGCAUGCUUUAUGUCUUAUGGUA